AAGACCUGCUUAUGAGGAAGUGGUCAAAACAGCUGCUGUUGGCAGUGUCUAUCACAUUGCAGGAAUGUCUGGUCUGGACUUGACAAAGAGAUGGUUACCUGCUCAGUUGUUGCUCCUGUGGAUCCUGACCAACAUCUCUGAGUCCAAAGUGUAUUUGUUUGCUCCUGAUGCUGUCACACUUGAGGAAUACUCUAAAGCCAAUAUCACUAUUACUUCCAGUUCCCCUGUCAACCAGUCAGCUGUGAUUCAGUUAAAUGUAACGUACAGCUCCAAGUGGAACUACUCAUCUGUAAUCACAGUGCCUGAGCAGGUGUUGCUGCCUAUGGAGACAACCUCUGUCACUUUCAGUGUGACAGCUCAUGAUGUUGGUCAGGUGACCACAUACCUACUUAGCAACGACACAGACUUCAAUAGUUUGUCCGUGAGGAUCCGCUUUAUGGUCGUCCAUAGCAACAUCCUGUCAAUAAUCAAUCAGGUGAUUGGCUGGAUUUACUUUUUGGCCUGGUCAGUCUCCUUCUAUCCACAAGUAUGGGAAAACUGGAAAAGGAAAAGCGUUGUAGGUCUCAACUUUGACUUCCUGGCUCUCAACUUGACAGGCUUCACUGCUUACAGCGUCUUCAAUAUAGGGCUGUUCUGGGUGCCUUAUGUGAAGGAAGAGUUUCUGAAGAGGAACCCAAAUGGAAUUAACCCAGUCAAUGCAAAUGAUGUCUUCUUCAGUCUUCAUGCUGUCGUGCUGUGUUUGGUCUACGUUAUCCAGGCUGCUAUAUAUGAGAGGGGGAGUCAAAAGGUCUCCUGGAUGGCCUUGUUCUUGUUGUUGAUUGGCUGGACAUUUGCCAUCAUCAGCCUCUUUCUUGCUGUAGCCAAACAGAUAACCUGGUUGGAUUACCUCUACUAUUUCUCCUACAUUAAACUAGCAGUCACUCUGGUGAAAUAUGUGCCACAGGCAUAUAUGAACUACAGAAGACAGAGUACUGAGGGGUGGAGUAUUGGCAAUGUGUUGCUGGACUUCACUGGUGGACUCCUCAGUAUGCUACAGAUGAUCCUACAGUCUUAUAAUAACGACGAGUGGCGGCUGAUAUUUGGUGAUCCCACAAAGUUUGGUCUGGGUCUGUUCUCUGUGGUGUUUGACAUCCUCUUCAUGACUCAGCACUACUGUCUCUAUAGACGUCCACCAGAGUAUGAAGCUGUUUCAGAGCAACAAGAAGACUGAUGCUGAUCAGUGCUGUGUGGAUAAAACACACAAGCACAAGGGAGCACUCAACCGAUUUCUGUCAGUUUUCACCUGAUUAACCAACGUAUGAUUCAAGCUGCUAAAGGGAGGCCAUGGAGGCUGUCAUUUUUGACUCCCAUCAUGAUAUGUUGUGUUCUUCAGACCAGGUUAUAUAGAGUGUGCCUUUUUCUUAAAUAUCUCAGGAUCAGCACUUGUCCUUUUUUUAACCACUGUAUGAACAUUUUGGUUAACAGAAGAUAGAAAAAGAAAAAAAUGAUGUAAUGAUGUCAAUGUAAACACUUUUUAUUAAAUGCAAUGUCACAGCAACAAUGUCUAAGAUAUUUGUAAGACCGUAUCUCCAUUACAGAGUUUGUCCACCAGAGAACACAAAGAACUUUACUUUUACACUGUGUUUAAAGUUAUUUUGGGUGAUCUUCUUUUAAUUUUGUCCUCAUAGAUCUCAGCCAACAAUGCCAUUUUGAGCAAAAUGCAUUCUGGGAUACUUGGCUACACUGCAACUCUUUGUAGACUCUCAUCCCCCUUGAUUUAUUCCAUAUCUUGUCUCUGUUUGUAUUUCGAACUGGAUGAUAAUAAUUCUGGGCAAAACUGUUGGUAGCAGCGUCAAUCUUUCCCAUACGAUGAACUGUGUCGAGUCUCAUGAAGCUUAUCCACUGACAGUGGAAUCCCCCGAGUAAGGUCUCCAAUCACCACCUUGCUUGUGUUUUCAUUAUCUUUCUCAGGGAGACCAUUUAGUAUAGGUUCCAUCUUCUUUUGUAUCAGGCUUGUUCCAAACAUAAGUGCCUUUAAGAGAUGCUUUUUAUUUUCUUUCCAUUUGUUGAUUUCUUCUUUGUUUUCCUUAAUGGCUUGAGUAUUUAUGUCCAACUUUCUAGCAUUUUUAAUUGUUUGUCUUGUACCUCAAAUCUCCUAAUUAGGGCUUGGUUUGCACCGAAUAUUAUUUCAUUGUAACCUCA